UUGAAGGUACCUAUUAAGGUUUCAAGAGAAUUUAGUGAAGAAGAGAAACAGAGAAAGAGAGAGAGAUCGUAAAAGGACACAAUUAUAUUUGGUCUUUCGUCUUCCAUGGUUAUCUGUAUAUUGCAGAAACCUUGUCCGCAUUGACAAUAAUCAAGGUUUUCAUCUGGGAAGAUGAAGAAGGUAGGUGAGUUAAGGAAACAGGCUUUCUUGCUGUGGUGGUUUGGAAUGACUGUGCUGUUCUGCUUCUUGCCGGGUGAUUGUUUCCCUUAUUACGAGAAGACCACAGUUAGCAGAAGAGAGUUGAGGGGAGUAAACGCUUCAAAUCCCAGACCUUCUAUAUCUGCAGUGAAGCUCAAUACAGAAGAUCAUGAUCAGGUGGUGAUUGAGAAUGGCAUUGUUCAAGUCACUCUGUCCAGUCCCGAGGGGUAUAUUCUCGGGAUAUCCUAUGAUGGAAUCGACAAUUUACUAGAAUCUCGUAACGAUGAACAAGACAGGGGGUAUUUUGACGUGGUCUGGAAUAAGCCUGGGAAAAACAGUACUUUUCAGAGAAUCCAUGGGACCGAAUUUUCAGUUGUAUCAUUGGACGAAAACCAAGUGGAGAUUUCGUUUGUAAGAACUUGGACACCUUCCCUGGAAGGCGAAAAUGUCCCCAUAAACAUAGACCAAAGGUAUAUAUUGCGAAGAGGCGAUUCUGGGUUUUACUCUUACACAAUAUUUGAACGCCCAGAAGGAUUUCCAGAAGUGCAGGUUGAUCAAAUCAGGAACGUCUUCAAGCUCCAGGAAGACAGGUUCGUCUACAUGGCUAUAUCAGACGCGAGGCAAAGAUACAUGCCAACCAUGAAAGACAGAGAAACAGGACAACCUCUGGCUUAUCCUGAAGCUGUUCUUUUAACCAAUCCAUCUAAUGAAGACUUUAGAGGGGAGGUGGACGACAAAUAUCAGUACUCAUGUGAGAACAAAGACAACAGGGUGCAUGGAUGGGUUAGCGUUGAUGCCGAAGCACCCGUGGGCUUUUGGGUAAUAACGCCCAGCAACGAGUUUCGCAAUGCUGGGCCCAUCAAACAAGACCUUACAUCUCAUGUGGGCCCCUUUGCCCUCUCUAUGUUUGUGAGCACUCAUUAUGCUGGGAAGGAGAUAACUAUGGAAUUUCAAGGAGGAGAGACUUACAAAAAGGUUUUUGGCCCUAUUUUUGUGUAUUUGAACUCUGUUUCAAACUCUGAGAAUCCACUAACCCUCUGGACAGAUGCUGUACAACAGAUGUCUAAGGAAGUCAAAAGUUGGCCUUAUGAUUUCCCACAAUCGCAAGCUUACAUUCCACCCACUCAACGUGGAAGCGUGGUUGGAAGAUUACUGGUUCAAGAUUGGUACAUCAGAGGAGGUAGAUUUCUAUUCGCUAACUCUGCAUAUGUUGGUCUAGCUCUUCCUGGUGCUGCUGGAUCAUGGCAAAGAGAAAGCAAGGGUUAUCAGUUUUGGACUCAAGCAAACAAGAAAGGUUAUUUUGUGAUGAACAAUGUUGUUCCUGGAGACUACAACUUGUUUGCAUGGGUUCCAGGCUUUAUUGGUGAUUACAGAUAUAAUGCUACCGUCACCAUUACACCAGGUAGUGUAAUCAAAUUGGAUUCACUUGUUUAUAAUCCUCCAAGAAAGGGAUCCACUGUUUGGGAAAUUGGAGUCCCUGAUCGCUCAGCUGCAGAAUUCUAUAUCCCAGACCCUUACCCUACACUCAUGAACAAACUAUAUAAUGAGCAACCCAAAGACAAGUUUAGACAAUAUGGCUUAUGGGAACAUUAUGCUGAUUUAUAUCCAAACAGUGAUCUAGUUUACACUGUUGGUGCUAGUUCGUAUGAUCAAGAUUGGUUCUAUGCUCAUGUUACAAGGAACACAGGAAAUAGGACAUACCAGGCAACAACAUGGCAGAUUAUAUUCAAUUUGCAAUAUGACCCAUUCAAAGGAAAUUACACCCUCCAACUAGCCUUGGCAGCUGCCGCUAAUUCUGUUCUAAAGAUUUGGAUCAAUGAGCAAGACAGUGUACCUCCUCUGUUCGAAACUGGAAAAUUUGGAGGGGACAGUGCCAUACCAAGGCAUGGAAUCCAUGGAUUGUACUGGUUGUUCAGCAUUGACGUUCCAAGUGAUCUUUUAGUGAAAGGGAACAAUACUAUCCAUUUACAACAGUCACUUGCCAUAAGUCCUUUUCAAGGAGUGAUGUAUGACUAUAUACGCUUAGAAAGACCACCGACUCUAAGGACUUGAUUAUGUUGAUAUGGUAAUUAGGUGUGUAAUUAGUUUAUCUCACAUGUAAUUCUUUCAUUUUACUCCUAGUAAGUGUUGUAUAGCAUGUAUAGCUUACAAGGCAAUAUUGGUUUUUUGGAUGAAGAUUUGAAGAUAGCGCUUUCAUUCUUAAACUAUUGUAUGCUGAUAAGGUAAAAAAUAAGUGCUAAUAUUUAGAAAUGGUGUGGGUUUUAUGCUAGAAAUAGGGAUGAUGUGUAAGUGUAUUCUUGUGUAACUAUUUAAAAAUAAUAAAUAAUACAAUCAAUUAUUUGUUGGUUUGGUUU